AACCGACUAAUUUCAUUUUGAUGUUGGAGAUGGAGAGACUGAACCACUUGUGAUGUUAUUUCCUGUGUUUCUUUCUUUCUAUUCGUUAUUAUCUCAUUUCCUGCACACCCCAGUUAUUUGAACACUUCUCUGACAAUACUUGCAACUUGCAUCACCUUGGUUUUAGCAGCAUGAUGGAUUCUUUGUCUGUUUAUCAUGGAGGCAUCAGCCGGGAAACAGGUGAAAAACUUCUGAGUGCUGCUGGGAAAGAUGGCAGUUAUUUAAUACGAGACAGCGAGAGCGUGCCUGGUGUAUAUUGCCUCUGUGUGCUAUUCAAAGGCUUUGUCUACACAUAUAGGCUGUACCAGGUUGAAGGGGGAUCUUGGACAGCUGAGACAGCUCCCGGUGUCCAUAAAAGAAUGUUUCGGAAGAUCAAGAACUUGAUAGCAGCCUACCAGAAACCUGACCAGGGCAUUGCAAUUCCUUUGCUUUAUCCAGUUACCGUUGAAAAUAACUAUAUCAGUAAAUCCAAGACUGGGCACGAUACUGAAUCUUACAUGCAUUAGAUAGAAGUUUGGCUGAGUCAAAGAGUUGUCAAAACGCCAUCAUUUUCUGAAAAUGUCCUUUGUUACUCCCUCUGUGCAAUGACUUCAGCUCAAUGAUACAAUGUGCUUAUAAAAUGUUUUUAUUUUGCAGACCUUGUAUUUCACUUGGAGUUUUCCCUGUUUUUACAUGAACUGUCCAUUUAGCCAUUUUAAUAAGGAAUAUACGUGAUCAUCUGCAAUCAUUGGUGGAUGCCGAGUGCUUCCCUAUCUGUGAUACGAUUUGGUGUAACAAGAUCAAAUAAAUGACUGCAUUAGAAAAAAAUGGCAAAAUAGGAUAGAGCACAGCUUUUAAAAAAUCGGACAAUUUGAAAGGUGUAAAAA